GCUAGCCCCACCUACCGCGCAGUGGCCAAUCGCAUCGCGCGCAGAGGCCGCACAUGCAGGAAGUGGAGUCAACACGGGGCCGGGUGGAUGUGGCGGGAUAGUUAACGAUGAAUGUCUUCGAUAAUGAAUAAUAAUUACAAAUAACUCAAAUAAUAACCUUAUCUUAUUAACUCGUAUAUGUAUGGACAACGCGAACAGCGUCUCCGUGGCGUUCAAGAAUUCUAAAGGUUCUUAAGAGCUGGGUGAGCUCACGGUGAACAGCGCGUCACAGUGACACCACGCGGGACUCUGUACCCCUUCAGCGCGCACUUGUGAGACCGUGAACCCCCCAAAUGGGCCUCGUUUAUUCUGCCCUUCGACGGCGAGCGCUCGCACGCAAAGUGCGCGCGGGUCGCGGCAAGGAGAUCUGAAAGAAUCCGGGCGGCAAAUGUCGCGUCCGCUCGCCGCCUUCCCCUCCCCCUCCCAAGGUCAAUUCGCGGCGUGCCAUGUGACCGCUUUGUGUAAUAUACCGUGCCGUGGGGUUUAACACUCCUCCUCCACACACCCUGGGUGGUUUACUGCGUACGGCGCAGCGCUUCGCUUAGUGCGGCAGCAACACCGCAGAGAGGGAAGCGGGCAGCAGCGGUUUUGUCGUUGAAGUUUGAGAACUUUUCCCUUCGCCCGCCGCCGCCGCCGCCGAAGCAGUGAAGAUGCGGUGGACCCAGUUUAGAACGUCUUGGAAGUUUCCCACAAUUGUGCUGUGCGCCUACGGCUUCUUGUACAACAUGCGCCCGUCCGAGCCGUUCCUCACACCCUACCUGGUUGGACCCGAUGUGCAGCUGUCGACGGAGGAUCUGACCAACAAGGUGCUGCCAGUGUGGACGUACUCCUACCUGGCCCUGCUGCUGCCCGUGUUCCUGCUGACGGACUUCCUGCGCUACAAGGCGGUAAUCGUGCUGCAAGGGGCGGCGCUCGUGGUGACGUGGUGCCUGCUGCUGUGGGCGCGCGGCGUGCCCGCCAUGCAGGCCAUGGAGUUCUGCUACGGCGUCGUCACGGCCACGGAGGUCGCCUACUACUCCUACAUCUACAGCGUGGUGGCCACUAAGCACUACCAGCGGGUCACCGGCUACUGCAGGAGCGCGACUCUCGCGGGCUACACGCUGGCCUCCGUGCUGGGCCAGGUGCUCGUGUCCGUGGCCGGCACCUCGUACCGCAGCCUCAACAUCAUCUCGCUGGCGUCCGUGUCGCUCGCCUUCGUCGCCUCCUUCCUGCUGCCUUCGCCCGAGCGCAGCAUGUUCUUCCACAAGAGGGCGGCGCUGGCGCCGACGCCGUCGAAGGCAGACGGGGCCGCCGGCCUGGGCGGCGGCGACGGCGACGACGGCGACGACGGCGGCGAAGCAGCCUCCCCCGGCGUCCCGUCCGUCGCGGCAGUGGAGCUCCGCGCCGGCGCUAGCGUCGCAGCCGCGGCCACCGGCGACGUGCCGUACGAGCGGCUGAGCGGCGGCAAGGUGGCGGACUCGCAGGUCGCUUCGGAAGAGCAGGUGCUGGUGGACGAGCACCAGCGCCCACACUACGGGGAAGCUCUCUUCGAGAGGCCGCCCAACGAUGUGAAAGCGGGAAGCGACUCUUGCAACGUCGUCGACUUUGCCGGUUCGUCGUCGUCAUCGUCGUCGUCGCCAUCGCCGCCUCUUCCCAGCGGGAUUGACACUUCUUUCGCGGGCGUGAUCACCCGCUUGCUGAAGGACUUUGCGAAGUGCUACACGGACCGCUCCCUCCUCGUCUGGUCCAUCUGGUGGGCCCUCGCCACCUGCGGCUACAACCAGGUCAUCAACUACGUCCAGGUGCUUUGGGCAGAGAUGGAGCCGUCAAACAGCACGACCGUGUACAACGGAGGCGUCGAGGCAGUCUCAACCCUCGUGGGCGCCGUGUCGGCCUUCGCCGUGGGCUUCAUGCCGCUCGACUGGGCGCUGUGGGGGGAGCUGGCGCUGGGGGUCUUCUCGGGGCUCGACGCCGCCGCCCUCUUCCUCAUGGCGGCGCUGGACAGCGUGUGGGUCGGCUACGUGGGCUACGUCAUCUUCAAAGGCUCCUACACCUUCCUCAUCACCAUCGCCACGUUCCAGAUCGCGGCGACGCUGGACAUGGAGCGGUACGCGCUGGUGUUCGGCGCCAACACCUUCGUGGCGCUGGCACUGCAGACGGUGCUGACGGUGGUCGUGGUGGACUCGCGCGGGCUGGGCCUCGACGUCGUCACGCAGUUCUUCAUCUACGCGUGCUACUUCACCGCCAUCGCCGCGCUCUUCGUGCUCAAGGGCCUACACACGGUGGUGCGGCGCCACCUCCUGCGCGGCUCCGAGCCCUCCAAACUGGAGCCGGGCCCGGCGUCGGCGUCGUCGGCGUCGUCGCCUGUCGACGACACGGCGUUCGCCGGCGUCGCGUGCCCCGGCUCCUCUCGUGUCAUACACAGCUCCCAGCUGUGACGGCGAUUGGCACGACGGGAGAAGGCUUUGCCGCGUGGGGUUAAACGUCGUCGUCGUCGUCGUCGUCGUCGUCAACAUCGUCACGUUGGUCCGUCCACUCGAAGACUCUGCGAGCCGACUCCCGCGUAACAGCAUGAAGGAGUAAUCGUUCUGCGGUGGCGGCAAGAUGUUAUCUCCCUCGCCUGGUACGGAGGAGUGUCGCGGGUUAGAUCCCAACCCUGACGAUGCCGCGUGCUUCUCUCUCCAACCGUGGAGGUCACGUAGAUUUUGCCCUCCACAAAUUAUAAACACGCAUUUUGAUUAUUUGGCUUCGAGUAUAAAUUUCCCACGUGAUGAUAUCAGCCGCUUAAAUGAGCUAUCGCGUGUGGCCAGGUCACCUCCGAAAAAUAGCUCGGUGGGCUUUACCUGUAUUCUUAGCUCUUUCGGUAAAGUCACGU